GUGUCGUCUAACGUCAAAAAGCGCUACUUGGAUAAAAUGGUGGACUUUAUUAUAAAUAAUUUCCAAUUACUUUAAAUAAUUUUUUCUGUACAUUUACUUUUUAAAUGUUUGUUUUUUAAUUGUUUAAAACCUUUUUCAAGUGUUCAGUCACUUGAUUAAAUAAUUUCUAAGCACAGUGCCUGUCAUAGUUCCGUAAGGAUGUCUUCUGAUGAUGAGAAACCACCAGCACCUCCUGUCCGGUUAACAUCUAACCGAGGCACUGAUUUUGUAAAUACUAUCUCGGUGGACAGGCCCUUGCCCAAAGAACCCGAAGAUGCCGACCGGAAAAAGAAGAACCUUAAGACUAAGAAAGCAUCGACUUUGUCAAAAUAUUCCUCGGAUAAGCCGAACAUUUCUUAUCCAACCAAUUUCGAGCAUACAGUACAUGUUGGCUUCGAUCCAAUAUCUGGAGAAUUCACAGGGAUGCCUGAAGCAUGGUCCCGACUGCUGAUGAACUCCAACAUCAGCAAGCAGGAGCAGAAAAACAACCCUCAGGCAGUACUGGAUGUUCUGAAUUGGUAUGACAACAGCAGCAAGGAACCCCCUAAUACAAAAUAUAUGACUAAGACUAAUACAACAACUCAUUCAGGAUCAUCUUUGAGUCGUGUGUCUAGCUCCAGUCCAAGCAGCACAACUCCCACAGAUAUUGAGGCAGGACCCCAUUCUUAUCAUAGUCCCAUUCAUGCUCCAAGUUCUGAAAUUGAAGAUGAAGCUCCACCACCACCUAUUGCUAGCAGACCCGAAAGGACUAAGAGUAUUUACACCAAACCUAUUGAAGAUGAAAAACCACCAAUCAUAACCUCGACGGCACCCCAUAGUUUAAGCCCCUCUCACAUCAAUACUACUUGUCCUCCACCGGCCACUGCCAAUUCCAAUAGUGCUAGCAGUGGUGUCCCUGUUCUAGAUAGAAACAAGAACCCUCCGGGUCCCGAAAUGUCCCGGGCGGCGUCCGAAAAGCGAAAGAAAAAGAUGAGCGACGAGGAAAUUUUAGAGAAAUUACGUAGCAUCGUUUCAGUUGGGGAUCCCAAUAGAAAAUACACGAAAUUGGAUAAGAUCGGACAGGGGGCUUCCGGAACAGUUUAUACGGCCAUAGAAACCAGUACAGGCAUGGAAGUCGCCAUAAAGCAGAUGAAUCUUUCUCAGCAGCCUAAAAAAGAACUGAUCAUAAAUGAGAUUUUAGUCAUGCGGGAGAAUAAACACAGUAACGUUGUCAACUAUUUAGAUAGUUAUUUAGUUAAUGAGGAACUUUGGGUGGUGAUGGAAUACCUUCCAGGUGGUUCACUGACUGAUGUAGUAACUGAAACUUGUAUGGACGAAGGCCAAAUUGCCGCAGUAUGCAGGGAAGUGCUGCAGGCCUUGGAUUUCUUGCAUUCGAACCAAGUUAUUCAUAGGGACAUUAAAUCUGAUAAUAUUUUGCUUGGAUUGGAUGGAUCUGUUAAACUGACGGACUUUGGUUUUUGCGCCCAAAUUAGUCCGGAGCAGUCCAAAAGAACCACAAUGGUAGGCACCCCAUACUGGAUGGCUCCGGAGGUAGUAACCAGGAAACAAUAUGGCCCUAAAGUGGACGUUUGGUCGCUAGGUAUAAUGGCCAUCGAAAUGAUCGAGGGAGAACCGCCUUAUUUAAACGAAAACCCCUUAAGGGCAUUGUACUUGAUCGCUACCAAUGGUAAACCGGAUAUAAAGGAAAAGGAGAAACUUUCGGCUCCUUUUCAAGAUUUUCUGGAUCAGUGUUUGGCCGUCGAAGUGGAGAAACGAUCGCCGGCAAGAGAUUUGCUUAAACAUCCCUUUUUAAAACUUGCCCGACCGCUCGCAAGUUUAACGCCCUUAAUUCUGGCCGCUAAAGAUGCCGCCAAACAACACUAGCGUUAAAUUCAGCUCGCGAACGAGCUGCUAUUAAUGUUAUUAUGUGACGGACUAUAUCCUAUAUUGCUAGAAAUGACACACAUAAACACUCAAGUUGCGGAACAGCUUUAAACCAACAAAAUAAUCUAGCAAUAUAGGUGAAAUAUUCUUAGGGAUGUAAGCAUUUAUUAGAGAGCUGUAUCUGUAUAAAUGACAUGAGACUGUGCCUAAUUUCACAAUAAUGUACACGCGUAUUUGAAUUUAAGGUUUAAACAAAAAAAAAAAUCCCCAAAAUCUUGUGAUGGAACGGACUGGAGAUUAGUUCGCUCCCUAAAUAAAUUAACCGAAAUAUGUAAAAAUAUGUUGCCAAAAGCCUAUAGAGGGAAUUACUUGUUAACUUAGCACCUUUAAAGUAGCUGAUUUAAGACAAUCUAGUAUCAUUUUCUUUUAUGACUGGGAUGAACUAAUAUUCAGUCUGUUGUUAUUUAGUAGUGAGUAGAAGAAAGAAUGGUUUGCAAAGAAGAGAAUUUAUUUAUUUGUUAUUGAGCUUAGGUUGCACCAUGUAGGUUUUCUUUUUAAUGUUUUAAAGGCUUAAUAGAAACACUAUUUUAAAAUAUGGGGAAUUGAUAUUCAAAACGAGACCAGCUAUUAGGAUUUUAGUGUGUAAUAAAAUAUUUUUGUGCAAGAAUAUUUUGGUGACACACUUUGGACUGUCGGAUGUUUGUUGCGAUCUCUUUGUCUCAUGUUUUUAUUUUUUAAUUAUAAUAUUUUAUAUUUUAUCGAAUAGAGAGGUGGCACUUUGCGUAAUUUGAAUUAAAAUUAAGCUUAAAAAUUGGUUAUUGGCAAAUUAUAAUAUUAUAAGUUUAGUGCCAUUUUUCAAAGUUACUAUUUUAGCGUUUUUUGAACUGAUUUAUUUAACUUUAUGUACAUAUUAUACUUGUUGUGGAGCUUUAGUAGUUUGUAAAAAAAGUAUUUUGUAUAUUUAUUUUUUUUUUUUAAUUACAUUAGCCAUAUCAUACGUUUCCUUUUUAUUAUAUAUUUUUUAAUAAAUUUUAGAAUAUCGUAUACUGAUAUGAUAUAAAUAAAAGAAAAAAUCGUCGGAAAAUUAUCUAUGUGGGUAUGAAUGAGCGCGUUUACCGAAAAUAAAACUAGUAAUAGUAUUUUUGCACUAGUAUUUAUGACAAAUUGUGAUUGCGUAGACAUACUAUUGUUGCCAACAGAGAUAGUGUGUGGUAUUAAAAAAUCUUUUUUAAUAAGCA